AUGGAACCUUUUCAGCAUCAGAGACAAAUUCAUAAAUAUAGAAGGAGACUUGGAAUGCCUUAUGCUAAUUCCAACUGUAAUGGAAAAAUCUGGUUCUUUGUGGAACACAAUGUUGAUGUUAAGGUUCUGUUGGAUACUGAGCAAUCUUUUACUGUAAAGCUGCAGUUUCAAGAUUUCAACAAAGAUAUGGUGGUUACAAUGGUGUAUGCUAAAUGUUCUGAAUUGGAGAGAAUGCAGUUGUGGGAUAGUUUAUACCUCUUGGCUAGUAAUAUGACAUCUCCUUGGCUGGUUGGUGGAGAUUUCAAUGUUAUACUGAAUGAAGAAGAAAAAAUAGGAGGUUUACCAGUUUUACCACAAGAAUAUGAAGAUUUUGCCUUUUGUCUGAAUUCCUGUGAGUUGCAUGAGAUGCCUUUCAAAGGGAGUCCUUUCACCUGGUGUAAUUGUAGGGCUGUCUUAACUGAUGAUGUAUUUCUGUCAUUUAAGCUCAAGAUGAAGAAACUGAAAACUGCUUUAAGUACAUGGAGUAAGACUACUUUUAGGGACAUUUUUAAACAACUUGUAAUCAGAGAGGAAAUAGUUAAGAUUAAAGAGCAGUUGUUUGAGGGUAAUCCAUCUGAAGAAAAUAGAAUGGUCAUGCAAAGGGCACAAGCAGAACUUAAGCUGUAUCUUCACUAUGAAGAGGAAUUCUGGAGGCAAAAAGCCAGGAUGGACUGUUUUUCUGAAGGUGAUAAGAAUACAAGAUAUUUCCAUAGUCUGGUAAAAGGAAGAAGAAAAAAAAUCCAGAUUAGGAGGAUUAAAGAUGAUGCUGGUAAGUGGCUUGAGGAUGUUGAUAGUGUUGCUGCUGAAGCUGUCAACUUUUUCCAUAAGCAAUUUACUCAUGAGGAGGUUAGUGAAGAUUCUCCAAUUUUUAAUCAUAUUCCAGAGCUGAUCAGAGAGGAGGAUAAUAUACUACUUGCUGAUCAUCCUACUAUGGAGGAAGUACAGAAGGCUUUAUUUGAAUUAAAUGGGGACAGUGCCUGUGACCCUGAUGGAUUUUCUGGUGUAUUUUAUCAGAAGUGUUGGGAGGUGAUCAAGGCUGAUGUAUAUAGUGUUGGUGAAGCUUUCUUUGAAGGACAGACUCUUCCCAAGUCAAUCACUCACACUAAUCUGGAUUUGCUGCCAAAGAAGAAUGUUGUUGAGGCAUUUUCUGAUAUGAGACCUAUAAGUCUUAGCAACUUUAUCAAUAAGGUCAUAUCAAGAGUAGUUCAUGAAAGACUAGACAAGCUACUUACAAGGCUUGGUUUUGUUGGUUAUGGGAAGCCAAAGUGGAGUGCUGAGUUGAAUCAUCUGGCAUAUGCAGAUGAUACAAUCAUUUUUUCUGCAGCAAAUAACCAAUCUUUACAGAUGAUCAUGGAUACUCUUCAGGAAUAUGAGAAAAUAUCUGGAUAG